GGCUGCGGGACCCGGCGUCUCCCCAGCUCCAUGGCGGCCAAGUGGUUCAAGGAGUUCCCAUCCAACCUGAAGACGGUGUCGGAGAAGGCUCGGCCGGGAAGCGGGAGCCUCGGGAAGAGCCGCAAGAACUCAACCGCUGAGCUGGGGGGCUGCCGGGCGGCCGGGGGUGGCAAGGAAGGGGGCAGCCGGCUGUCACGGGACAACCUGCAGGGUCUGCUCCAGGCCGCCACCGGGAAGAUGAGGAAGAAUUCGCGAGUGGAGGGAGGCACGCCGGAGGGACCCUCCAAAACCUACAUCAACCGCCUCAUCAAGGUGGAGGCUUCCGAGAAGAACGGGAAGGGGCACCCCGGAGCCGUGCCUGCCAGCCUGCCUGCCCCCGAGCAGGACAAGGGGAAGCCCCCCAAGACAGAGACGGUCAUCAUCCUGGAGGAUUACGCAGACCCUUACGACGCCAAAAGGACCAAGGGGCAGCGGGACGCCGAGCGCCUGGGGGAGAACGACGGGUACAUGGAGCCCUACGACGCCCAGCAGAUGAUCACAGAAAUCCGUCGCCGUGGCUCCAAGGAUCCCCUGGUCAAAGCCAUCCUGCUGCUGGACGGCCCUGGAGAGCCUGGGGAGGGGGGUGCCAAGUUGGAUCUUGCCAAGAGGCUGGGGGGCAAGGAGGCAGCGGGGAAGGGGCCACAGCUCUAUGACACCCCUUAUGAGCCUGGGGAGGGGGUGGCCGGGGGGACCCCCGAGCGCAGGGUCAGGGCUGGUGAUGGGCGCCUGCCCGAGAACGACGAGCGCCCGGCGGGGGAGUAUGAGCAGCCCUGGGAGUGGAAGAAGGAGCAGAUUGUCAAAGCGCUGUCAGUCCAGUUUGAGGGCUCGGAGCGCCCCAAGGAGGAGACGCAGCGGCAGCACCUCCGCCAGAAGAGCUGGACCCCCAAGAUGCUGAAGCCGGCGGGCACCGAGCACAGCGAGGGGGAGCGGGUGGACCCCGCCCUGGCCCUGGAGAAGCAGCCCUGGUUCCACGGGGCCAUCACGCGGGCUGAGGCCGAGAGCCGGCUGCAGCCGUGCCGGGAGGCGGGGUACCUGGUGCGCACCAGCGAGACGGGCAGCGGCAAGUACUCCAUCGCGCUCAAGACCAGCCAGGGCUGCGUCCACAUCAUCGUGGCCCAGACCAAGGACAACAAGUACACGCUGAGCCAGGCCAGCGGCGUCUUCGCCAGCAUCCCCGAAGUCGUGCACUACUACUCCACGGAGAAGCUGCCCUUCAAGGGGGCCGAGCACAUGGCCCUGCUGCACCCCGUGCACUGCAAGCUGCAUUAAGCGUCGGCCGGUGCCGCCCCCGAGUGGUCUGCGACCCCCUCCCCACCCCUGUGGCAUGAGACAGCCAUGGGCACGUACCACGGGAAGGGUCCAGUGAGAGAAGCCCUGCCGUGUCUCCAGUCCUGAAGGGACCCCGCUGCUGGGCUCCAGCAGGGCUGGAUUUGUCCCUUUUGCUGGGAUGAGUCCUGACCACCCUGUGCCAGACUUGUCAUGGGGCUGCCCACGUGCCCGAGCUGGGGGCAUGCAGCGAGGCUGGGAUGUGUAAUGAUGUAGUAAAAUAAACUUGUUGGCUGAGAGGGA